AUGCUGGCGGAGCAGGAGAACCAGGAGAACGUGCCCCCGCCGGCGGCCGGCAAAGCCGCGGCGCCGCUGCCCGCCGCCGGCACCCGCGUGGCGCUGGGGCUGCUGCGGGGGGCGCAGCAGCGCGCCGGGAUCCCGCUGCAGGCUGCGCGGGGCGGCUGCGAGGGCCAUGGAGCGGCGGCGGGGCUGCAGCAGCACCAACACCAGCCCUUCUCCAUCCAUGUGGACGAGCCCGACGGGGAGCGGCAGCCGCGGCGGCAGCGGGGCGUCCCGGCGGGGCAGAAGGAGGAGGCGGCGCUGGGGCUGCGUGCGGCCGUGUGUGCCCUGGGCGAGCGGCGGCCCCUGGCUCCCCUGGGCAACGCCAUGGAGCUGAGCUUCGAUUCUCCAAGCAUUAUGGAUAUUUCAAUAACCUCAGAAACAGAAGAGAAAGCACCAAACGUUAAUAACGUGCCCGAUUAUAUCAGUGAAAUCCAUUCAUACCUGAGGGAAAUGGAGGUGAAGUGCAAGCCCAAAAUAGGCUACAUGAAGAAGCAACCUGAUAUCACAAACAACAUGCGGGCUAUUCUUGUGGACUGGCUGGUGGAAGUUGGAGAAGAAUACAAAUUACAGAACGAAACCCUGCACUUAGCUGUAAAUUACAUUGAUAGGUUUCUUUCAUCCAUGUCUGUUUUGAGAGGAAAACUUCAGCUUGUGGGUACUGCAGCUAUGCUGCUCGCAUCAAAGUUUGAAGAGAUCUACCCUCCUGAAGUAGCCGAGUUUGUCUACAUCACAGAUGACACCUACACCAAGAAGCAGGUCCUAAGGAUGGAGCACUUAAUUCUGAAGGUUUUGUCAUUUGACUUGGCAGCUCCAACAAUCAACCAGUUCCUCACCCAGUACUUUCUACACCAGCAGACAGAUGCUAAAGUGGAGAGCCUGUCAAUGUACCUGGGAGAGCUGAGUCUAAUUGAUGCUGAUCCUUACCUGAAAUACUUGCCAUCAGUCAUUGCUGCUGCAGCAUUUCAUCUGGCAGAUUACACACUCACUGGACAAAGCUGGCCUGAAUCCCUGUGCAAAGUAACGGGCUACACCCUUGAAGACAUCAAGCCUUGCCUCAUAGACCUACACAACACCUACCUCAAAGCAGCCCAGCACACACAACAGUCUAUAAGGGAAAAGUACAAGAGUACAAAGUACCAUGGAGUAUCUCUCAUUGACCCACCAGACACACUAAACUUAUAGUAGUAAUCAAGAGACUGAUCUUUUUAAGA